AUGGAAGCCUCAAACGAAACAACUCAACCGCAAGCCCAACGUGAAAUGAAGGUCCUCUCAGUCGGCUUGCCACGUACAGCUACUCUUUCCAUCGCCGAAGCUCUCACAAUACUGGGCUACCAAAAUGUAUACCACUCUUUGCGAACGCCAAAUGUCGAAGACCACCACCCCAUCAUCAAUCGUGCCGCGGACGGCUCAUUCCCAACACUCAAAACAUACGACCGCAAGAAGGAGAUGACGCGAGGUGACUGGGAUAAAGUCUUUGGUAAUUCCGAAGCCGCAACCGAGGUCGCCAGCCUGUUUGCUCCACAGCUCAUCCAAGCAUAUCCAGAGGCAAAGGUGAUUCUCGUCAUCCGCGACUACGACGCCUGGUACAAAAGCUUAGACGAAACACUCCUAAAAGGCCUUUGGAGCCCGCUAGCCAACUUUUUUGCUUCCUAUGUGCAGCCGACUAUUGGUGUUUCCAGCAUCGCAGUGACGCGGAAAGUGGCUCUGGGUUUCUUUGCGGCGAAUAGCGUGGAUGAGAUUCGUCAAAAUGCAAGGGAGGUAUACGACAGACAUCAUCGCCAGAUUCAAGAGAUGGUACUGCCUGAUAACUUGUUGGUGUACAAGAUGGGUGAUGGCUGGGCGCCUCUAUGUGAAUUCUUGGGGAAGCCGGUCCCAGACAUGGAGUUUCCGUGGGUGAAUGAAGCGGAUGAACUUAAAGGAAAGACUGUUCAGAUGCUCAAGUCACAGCUUUUUGAGGCGGCAAGAAAGGUGCUUUUGCCAAACUUUGUUACAACGGCAAUAGCAAAAAGAUUAAAUAUUAACUAA